AUGGAUAAUUAAGAAUUUUAAUCAAUUCAAAAAGAAAGAUAGUCUUUAUAAGAAAGAGAUGUAGGAAUUACCGCAUUCCUAAAUGAAGGAAACGUUAUCAAAGGUAUAACAAAAAGUCGAAUAUCAGAUUUUAUAGUAAACGAAGUCACUCCGCAAAAAGAAAUAUUAUAUCCACAAGAAACCUAAACUUAGGUAUAAGAUGAAGGAUAAUAAUAAUAAUAAAUCAAAUAAUAAGUAUAAAAAGAGCUUAUUUAAAAAAAGAAAGAAGUUAUUCAAAAAGAAGAACUUUCAAAAGACCAAAUUUAAAAAAUGAAUGAUUUAUUAACUCCUGAAAUAGGUGAAAAAUUAUAAAAAGCAUUGUCUGAUAUAUACAAUGGUUUGAAUCCAAAUUAAAGCGAAUUCGAGUUCAAUGUAAAUUGUCCUUAAGAAAAAGAAAAAAGAUUAGAAAUACAUUAGUUUGUUAGAGAAAAUCUUCCUAAUUUUGAUUCUGAGACAUAAGAUUAGGUUAUAAGAAUUUUUUAUACAAAAAAUAAAUCUAAAAGAUUUUAAAGAAAUAAUAAUGAUAACAAUAACAAUAAUAGGAAAAAAAUUAUUUUUUAAGCUACUCUUUUUAAAACAGGGUAAGAUACAUUUAAUGCUAUUUAAAAUAUUUGCAGAUUCUUAAAAGUUUCUACCAGAAAUAUUGGAUCAGCAGGUUUAAAAGAUAAAAGAGGAAUUACUACUUAAGCAAUAAGUAUUUCCAUGCAUAAUACUAAUGAAGAAUAAUUCAAAAGUAGAAUAAAAAAUGCUAAAUGGUAUAAUAUGAAAUUAUAAAAUAUAAAAGAAGUAAUUAAACCUAUUAAAAUGGGUGAUUUAUAUGGAAAUCAAUUCUCAGUAGCUAUCAGGCUUAUAGAUUUUAAAGAAGAAGAUGUUCAUAUAAAUAUACAAAAUCUCAUCAAAUAUGGAUUUAUUAAUUAUUUUGGAAUGUAAAGAUUCGGAAAUAAUCCAGAUUCUUAAACACACGUUAUAGGAAAACUUUUAUUAUAAAAAUAAUGGGAAUAAGCUUUUGAAUUAAUUGUAGGUUAAAAUGUUUAAAAUGAUAAUUAAGUAAAUGAAUAUAAAAGGAAAUUUUUAGAAGAUAAAACUAAAGUAAAAGAAGCAUUAAAAAACAUUUCUUUUAAAUACAAAAUAGAGCGUACAGUUAUAUAAGGAUAUGAAAAAUGCGGAAUGAAUGGAAACUAUAUGUAAGCUAUUUGCUAAUUAAAUAGAAGUACUAGGGCUUUAUAUUGUCAUGCUUAUUAAAGUUAUUUAUGGAAUUAAUUAGCUUCUAUCCGUAUAGAAAAAUAUGGCAAAAAAAUAAUUUUAGGGGACAUUGUGGCCAAAAGGAAAGAAUUUUUCACAAAUAGCAUUAAUUAAGAAAAAAACUAAGAUGAUUAAUAAUAGAGAGAAGAUGAAGAAUAAAUAAUAGAAGAUGAUUAUUUUGAAUAUUAAGGAAUUAAUGAUUUUAAUAUAUGUAUUGUAGAUUAAAAUAAUAUAGAUUAAUUCAGUAUUAAUGAUAUUGUUAUUCCUAUUUUUGGUGCCAAAAUUAACUUCCCUAUAGAGUAAUUUAAUUUGAAAAACGAACUUUAAUAAAUACUUGAUGAUUUGACAUUAAAAAACUUCGAAUAAAUAAACCAAGAAUUCUUUGUUGAAGGAGGAUAUAGGUAUUUAAUUUAAUAAACAGAGAAUUUCGAGUAUACAUUGAAUAAAUUUAAUGUAAAAACUGAAGAUAUUUUAACCCCUUUUUAUAAUCAUAAAUAGGAUUUAAAUGAUGAAAAUGGAAAAUAUACGGCCCUUUGUAUGAGGUUUAUAUUAUAAAAAGGCAGCUAUGCUACUAUGCUUAUUAGGGAAGCGACUAAACUAACUUCUGAUUUUUAAACAUAGAUUAAGUUAAAUUAGGAAUUUGAAAAAAUUUGA